UACAGAACAGUUUUGUGUCGCGCGGGCCUUAAAUUAGUAGCUUUUUCUACAUUCUUUUCAAAAGAUGCUCGCUCACGGAAUCAAAACAAUCAAACGAAGAACAAGAAUUCUCAAGAAACUCUUGCCUCUAAUCAAACUCGGAUAGAAUUCAAAUCAAGAAACUUCCACGUAGUUUGAAGGGUGUAUUUGUGAUUUUAUUUCACUACUAUCGCUCUCGAUCGUUUACAAGACCAAGCUCGCGCCAGUCUGAUGAAUUCGCCGAACCAGGACGAAAAUGAUGUGCCCGUUAAAGACCCGGUGAAAUACGGCGAGCUGGUCAUAUUGGGGUACAAUGGCUCUCUGCCCAGUGGAGACCGGGGGAGGAGGAAGAGCCGCUUCGCUCUGUACCGGAGGACCAAGGCCAACGGCGUCAAACCCAGCACUGUUCACAUCCUCAACACACCACAGGACAGCAAGGCGGUCCACAGCAGGGGGCAGCACAGCAUCUCCUUCACUCUGUCCCGCAACCAGACAGUGGUGGUGGAGUACUGCCACGACAACGACACUGACAUGUUUCAGAUUGGGCGCUCCACAGAGUGUCCAAUAGACUUUGUCGUGACGGACACAUCAGGAGAGGGGAAGGAGUGCGAGGACCCCUCAGUGGCCCCCAGCACCAUCUCCCGCUUCGCCUGCAGGGUGGUGUGUGAACGCAACCCCCCCUACACUGCACGCAUCUACGCCGCUGGCUUUGACUCCUCCAAGAACAUCUUUCUAGGGGAGAAAGCCACUAAGUGGAAGAACCCGGACGGCCACAUGGAUGGCUUGACCACCAACGGGGUGCUGGUGAUGCACCCUGAGGGUUUCCCUGAGGACAACAGACAGGGCCUGUGGAGGGAGAUUUCUGUUUGUGGGGACGUCUAUGCCCUCCGAGAGACACGCUCUGGACCCAGCCGAGGCAAACUGGCGGAGGGAGAAAGUAGUGCCUUGCGGGAUGGUUCUCUGGUGGACCUGUGUGGAGCCACUCUGCUGUGGCGUACUGGGGAGGGCCUGCUCCACGCUCCCACCCUCCGCCACCUGGAGGCACUGCGACAGGAGCUCAACGCUGCCCGGCCACAGUGUCCUGUAGGCCUCAGUACUCUGGCAUUCCCUAGCCUGCCACGCAGCCACAGUUUUCCUUUUCUCCCCAGUCUGGAGGAGCGCCAGCCCUGGGUUUACCUCACCUGCGGACACGUGCAUGGCCGCCACGACUGGGGCCAGCGCCCCGAGCGCCGGGAGGCGAGAGGAGGAGAGGGGGAAGGAGGGAUCUCCACAGUCCGCCGGGAGUGCCCUCUAUGCAGGAGCGUGGGGCCCUACGUACCCCUGUGGCUGGGGUGUGAGCCCGCCGUGUACGUGGAUGCGGGAGCACCUACGUACGCGUUUGUACCCUGCGGCCACGUGUGUUCAGAGAGGACAGCCAAGUACUGGGCGGAUACCCCGCUGCCCCAUGGGACCCACGCCUUCCGGCCCACCUGUCCCUUCUGCUCUGCCCCUCUCAGCAGCACCCCACAGGGCUGGACACGCCUCAUCUUCCAGGGCCCCAUCGACUAGCCAGGGCCUCCACGGAUGCAUUCCACAACUAUUACGCAACAGUGGAACCAACAAAGUCACUAAACCAAAGGCCCAAUCCUAACUUGAGAUAAUUGUGUAUAACUAAUAUGAAUAUUUCUCCAAUUUACACUACAUCCAUGGUGAUGUUAGACAAGUGUGUGUAUCUCAAACAUUUGUGUAAUAAUGUGUUAAUGUCAUUUUAGGAUCUGUGCUGUAGUUUGCAUUAGGCACAUUUCUCUCAAGUUAAGAUUUGGCCAUAACAGAAUCUCCCUUCAAAAGCAAUAAGAACACCACUAUAGCGAAGCAUAGUUUUUAGAUAACCUAGUUUUUUGGCUAGUCAUCCAUGUCUCCAAUUCUGUCUCUCUUCAGACAUGGCUGAAUGUUGUCUGCAGCUCAAGGGCUAAACCUGAGGUGUGUUGAAGUCACUGGAUGUUCAUGAUUGCUGGUUUCCUGACAAAAUCAUCUCAGCCCAAUUUUGAACCAAUAAUGUUAUUAUGCUACUUCAGUGUUUGAGUGAAUAUUCCCUUUGACAUAUAUGAAUUAUCUGGAAAACAUAACAUUGUAAUAUUUUGCGAAGCGGUUCAACCCCACAGUACCAGUAACUUACUCUACAGUUGCAAAUAUAAGUGAUGUUGGUGAACAUUCUGCAGUUUGACCACACCUCAGGUUUGUGACCAAACAGACAGACAGGGUCCGUGUCAUGAGACAUAGCAGAAAGGUCAGAAAGCAACCUCAUAAGACAUUUUUUUUCAAAGAAAAUAUAACUAUUUUAUAAAAAUGGGGGGUGUUUGGGGUGGGAUGGGUUGGGAUUUCAUUUAGAUGUUGAGUGUUAAGACAACUAUUUUUCUAUCUUGAGUAUUUAGUUAAAUGUGAUUUCUCAAUGUAUGCGUUUUCUGUAAGUGUAUGAUGUAUUAUGUGUGUUCGAUGAAACGAGGAGAGUGAGAAAAAAUUCCCAACACUGUGUCACACACGUUACACGACCAUAAACAAUUGCCCAGACAAUGAAUGUAGCCAAAUACUCAGGCUACUAGCUUAGCCUGCCCAGGUGCUUGUAUUGAAUUGCUCUAUAUUACGCUACUACUAUUUUUUUAUCUGAACGUUGUGAUAUACAGUACCAGUUGACACAUCUACUCAUUCAAGGGUUUUUCUUAAUAUUUUACUAUUUUCUACAUUGUAGAAUAAUAGUGAAGACAUCAACUAUGAAAUAACACAUAUCAUGUCGUAACCAAAAAAAUGUAUUUUAUAUUUGAGAUUCUUCAAAGUAGCCACCCUUUGCCUUGAUGAUAAGCUUUGCUCAUUCUUGGCAUUCUCUCAACCAGCUUCACCUGGGAUGCUUUUCCAAAAGUCUUGAAGGAGUUCCCACAUGCUGAGCACUUGUUGGUUGCUUUUCCAGGUGACUACCUCAUGAAGCUGGUUGAGAGAAUGCCAAGCGUGUGCAAAGCUGUCAUCAAGGCAAAGUGGCUACUUUGAAGAAUCUCAAAUAUAAAAUAUGUUGAUUUGUUUAACACUUUUCUGGUUACUACAUGAUUCCAUGUGUUAUUUCAUAGUUUUGAUGCCUUCACAUUUAUUCUACGAUGUAGAAUAUAGUAAAAAUAAAGAAAACCCCUCGAAUGAGUAGGUGUGUCCAAACUUUUGACUGAUACUGUAGCUUGAAAAUGUCCAAUUGUUGCAGGAAGAUGAACACAUUACACCCACAUGUGUAACAUGAACAUACAUUCACGUCUUGCACUGUGGAUUGCCAAACCUUGCAUUUGUGCUUAAUUGUGCACAGUGUGGCAUGUUAAUUAUACAGCCCUAAAUGCCUCAAAUGAAAAGAAAUGUCAGCAAAAUGACUCAGUCCAACACAAAUCUACAAUUUAAACAUUUUCCAUAUAAGAAAGAUACACGCGUACUCAAGCUUCUACUCAUGGGCCAGAGAGCAAUAUUUCUUAUUCUGGAGGGUGCAACAUUACAGAACGUUCAGAUAGAAAUGUUUGGAGUAGAACUGAGAAUGUCUCUAUUUUACAUUUCUAUGCCCCAGAUGCAUUAACUACUUCAGGUUUACAGCCGUUAGGCCUCCACACAGUGCCAUGCUGUAUUUCAUAUAAUGGGUAAUGUUACCAAUGGGUAAAUAUAAAACCACUUCAGGAUGUCUUCCAAGUCCCCAGUUCAUUUAGAAGAGCAACCUUAUCUUCCUCAGUACCAGUGUUUUCACCAAACCAAUUGUCUAUUAGCUCAGGUUUAGAAUACUCAGAGUUUGCCCCGAGGGUAGCACAGGACACUGAGCUACAGUAAGCUUGUAGUAAAAUAUUUUAGAUGGUCAUUCAUUUCAUGGCCGCAUUUAAGGAGUUGCAUCGUUACAGAACAUUCGGAUAAGAAUGUUUUUUAGAACCAACAUGAUUUUCUCUCAUGGAGAAUAUUGAGUCAUGUCAGCUCUAAAGUCAAUUUCAAUCUGAAACUUUCUGUAACAUUGUUACCUCUUAAUAGGCCCCACCCAGCUAGCACAUAACGUUCGGUGAACCAUAUGUUUCUGAGAGCGUGGUUGUCCUAUUAUUUUGCAUGCAACCUCCUGGGAAUGGUGCAGGAUAGUUGCUUUGCUUUGGAACAUUCUCAGCACAUUUAAGGAACUUGACAAAAAAACUUUGUUAAAGUAAUCAAAUGGCAAGAAAAUAAUCUUUUCCUAAUAGUUCUAAUAUGGUUACAUGUCAUUUCAAUUUUAGUAAUGCUCUAGGAACAUUCUCCAACUUGUUUUACAUUUGUUGACAUCAAAUAGUUCAGAGAGGUUAAGAAACAUUGUUCUUCUGUGGGAAAUGUUUCCUAAUUGUUCUAUUUAAAGGCAUGUUCUCAAAUUGUUCCAAGAAUGUUAAGAACUUUCCAUAAAAAACAAAAAGCGUUUAGCAUUUUAGGCUAAAACAUUUACAUUCUCUUUUCAGCAUCAACAAAACUCUUAUCCUCUAUCUUGUUAGUGUGUUCAGGGGUGUUGGCUGCGCCCACUGAUUGGCCACACCUGGUCUUAAUGAGUGCUUGUUUCCUUUUAAAUGGGGUCUGUUUGAAUAGACUAAAAUGAAAAGGUUUGUAUGCGUAAAAAAAAACAUGGCAUGCUCGCUCCAUCCUGGUGGUGCAGUGGACUAAUUCCACGGAUACACAACAGAAAAUGAUAGGUUUGAAUCUCACUGAUGUUGUGUCACAACAAAAAGUUUGCAUGAUUAAGCCUAUGGAUCCCCAUUUCCAUGUUUCCUAGCUGUGCUUGAAGUUCAACAAAUGUACCCAAAAAUAAGCUAGCAUUGUUAUUAAAAGUCUUACUGAAACGUUCAGUGAAGGUUUUACGGAAUUUAUUUAAAAACCUCAAAAUAAUCGGAGCGUUAAUAAAACCACCCAGGAAAAGUUUCAAGGAACCAGAGUAAAAUGUUCUCAGGUCCUCCCAGGCAACCUAAAGAUAAAAUGUUCCCAUAACAGGCUAAAUGUUCACUUCUGUUCUCAGAAAAUUACAUUUUUUUCUCUGUUUUACCAGUCAGUAAAUGUAUGGCUUCGUUCCCACAACCAAUGUAAAACCAAGAAACUUCGUUCCCACAACUUCCAAGGAACCAAAAUGUGCUAGCUGGACUGUACCAUUCAGUAUUCCCCAAGUCCUCAGAACCUCAGACAGAUUAGCUCAGAGCAGGUCUGAGAUCAGUUUGAUGACACACUCCUCCAUAUACAGUUAGUAGUAUAGUUGCCAAGUCCCUCAGGUUGGGGUGGAACUAGUCAGGUUCAAACACAGUACAGAGUUUUUCAAAACAUUUCAUUAACAUUUCUGUUACCUACCCCAUUACGACAGCCAAAAUCCCCACUGGUCCAAUCCAUGGGAUAUCCUGCUAUUGAACAUGCCAAUUCUAAAAUGUAUUAUGAUAUAGCAGGUGAAAUGAAAUGAUGUUUGCCAAAUUGUUUGGCUCAUUUAGUUUUUUAUAUUCUUUGUUGUUUUGGACCUUUUAUCUGUUUUGUUUUUAUCCUGUAAUUUAUUCUCCCAUUGAGUCGGUAGAAGUUGCCCCUGACCACUGUCUAAUGGUUAAGGUUAGAAUUGGGUGAAUGUAAUCUGAUCCUACUAUAGAUCUGUGGUUAGGAGGAACUUCUACUUAUAAACCAUUAUUUUAUCCGGUUGACUCCCACAUCACAGCUGACCUCUGACUUGUAAUAACCUCACAGCAAUCACAUUCCUCUGGAGCGACCAAAACGCUAAACGCUGAUUGUUUCUCACCUUUCUGUAAUCCUGGGGUGCACAGACAAUCACUGUACACACAUCAAUAAACCUGUUUUAAAACUA